AUGACUUGCUCUUUGGUGGUUUUAUCCCUAACUGGCACCCGGCACUUCGACGCCCCAGUAGCAAUGUCCGGGCCUUAUAAGCAGCCCGCCGGUGUUGCUGGAUGUUGAGUCAGUGCAGUGAACCGCGGAGGAAAGGUGUGCGUGAAGCGUUCGUUCCCAGCCAGACAUCCAGCCACCCGCCAACAUGCCCAUCGACCUCUACUACAUGAUGCUGUCCCCGCCGUGCCGCGCCGUCAUGCUCACGGCCAAGGCGGUGGGCGUCGAGCUCAACCUCAAGGAGACCAACCUCUUCAAGAAGGAGCACAUGAAGCCGGAGUUCCUGGCGCUCAACCCCCAGCACUGUAUCCCCACGAUGGUCGACGGGGACUUCGUGAUCUGGGAGAGCAAGGCAGCCUGCUCCUACCUGGCAUCCAAGUAUGGCAAGGAUGACUCACUUUUCCCCAACGACCCUCGCGCCAGGGCUGUGGUGGAGCGACUCAACUACUUUGACAUGGGCACCCUCUUCCACCGCUUUGGGCAGUAUGUGUUCCCAGCAUUGUUCCGUGGAGAGGAGUUGGACCCAACAAAGAUUGAGCCCAUACAGGAGGCUCUGGGCUGGCUGGAUGGCUUCCUGGCAGGACACAAAUAUGCUGCUGGAGACAAUAUUACCAUUGCAGAUCACACCCUCCUUACCACUGUCAUCACCAUAAGGAAGGCCAACAUUGACUUAAGCAAGCACACCAACAUUCUUGCCUGGCUGGAACGCUGCAAGACUGAUGUGCCCGGCUAUGACAUGAAUGAGCAGGGCGCUGAGGAGUGGGCGAAGUUUUUCAAGUCUCAGACUGGACAGAGUUAGUUAGUUAUUGAUAAUGGAAGUGAUUAGCUUAGGCUCUGCUGAGGUAAUGAAUCCAUUUUUCAACUACAGCUGUGUGCAGGUUGUUUUGUUACCAUGUCUUGUUUAAGUGUUCUAAUGAUAUUUUGUUGUGCCUUCAAAGAAAUGUGUUAUCUUUAUACUGAGUAGGCAUGAAAGUAAUAAACUCAUACUGACUCGCCCUCA